AUGCAGCAUGCUAGGGCGGCAGUUGCCCAGACGAUCCAAUUUGAAAUACACAACAAAAUAGAUUUCAUCUUUUGCCAAGAGCCAUAUACCAGAGAAGGAGUAUCAGCUGGAUUUCCAUUACAAUGGACAGUGUUUCAAAAAUCGGAUCAUGACCAUUCUCCUAGAGCAAUCAUAGUCAGCUGUAACCCCGACUGGUCCCCAACAAUUAUCUCGCUUGACCAAGACAACGUUGCAAUUCUUCUAGAAGUCCAUUCCCUCUCCAUCAUCCUAGCGUCAAAUUAUUCCCCACCAACGGCGGAAAUCGGCCCGACAACCAGAUUCAUACAAAGAAUACUGCACCAAUUCAGAAUCCCUGAUAUGAUCUUUGCGGGAGAUUUCAACUCACACAAUACAGCUUGGGGUUAUCAUACGACAGAUCCUAAAGGUCGGGAACUAGAGGACUUUCUCUCCUCAAGCAAUCUCAUAGUUCAAAAUACGGCAGAAGCACCGCCCUCUUUUGACAGGGUUUUUGCGCAGGGAUGGCCAGAUCUUACCCUGACUACUCUGCACGCAGCACCUCUCCUGCAGGACUGGAAAGUCGAAGAGGACGAGAGCCUCAGCGAUCAUAAGUUCAUAACCUUCUCCCUAUCCGAAACUACCAGAGUAUCCAAAAUCCGACGUUACAACCUUCCUGGCCGGAAAAUAAAAACCUUUUCGAGAAAAAUAAAAACGCAACUAACACGCCUUGAACCAUCUCUCCAACAAGCUCACACAGCAGCAGAACUGGAAGAUUUUUCAUUAAAACUACAAGAAACUAUGCAAGCCGUAUGCAAUCAGAAUCUCCCAUUAAAGAAGCCCUAA